GUUAUAAAAGAAAUGAGUGAGUGCUUCAAGUCCAGCAUAGCCAUAUCCUAUCUGUCCGGCAGCAGCCACACCCUGUUGUCUUAGAAAUAGACUAAAACGUCAAGUCAUUUCAGAGACCUCUCCUGUCAAGCGGAACGGGACUAUCAGUUACUCUGUCACUCCCAUCAUGGAAGCUCUGCUGAAGUCUAUGCAUAAUACCUCUCCCAAAGCAAAUUCUCAUGAGAUGUGGUGGGGUACACUGGGCACUGUGCGACCCUUCCCCAACUUCAACUCAGAGAAGGAUGCCCGCGAAAUUCAAACUGCCUUGGAGAGCAAAGCCAGUGACGUGAACACUCUGGUGAGAAUCUUGACCAAUCGAAACAAUGCUCAGAGACAGAGCAUCGCAGAGUCCUACCAUAACCUCACACAGAAGGAGUUGUGUCCUGCCCUGAAGAAAGCUCUGUCAGGGGGGCUGGAGCAACUCAUGCUGGGGCUGAUGAUGACCCCCUCUCAGUUUGACGCCCAUCGCCUCAGACAGUCCAUGGAGGGUAUUGGUACAGAUGAAGAGAGUCUAUUGGCUGUGUUGUGUACCAAAUCACCACAGCAGCUUAAAGAUGCCACUAUUGCCUACAAACAGGAGUUUGGACGUUACUUGGAGAAUGAUCUUAUCAGUGAGACUAGUAAAGACUUCACUAAGCUGGUACUGGCCAUACUCAAGAAGGAGGAGCUGAAUUCAAAGGAGAUGGUUGAUUAUCAGCUCAUUGACCAGGAUGUUAAGGCUCUAAAUGAUGCUGUGAAUGGUAAGAAAAAGGACCCAGUCCCCUGGAUUCAGGUGUUAACCACGAGAGACUCAAACCAUCUCAACAGAGUGCUAUCCAGGUUGGAGGAUCUGAGAGGGGAGACUGUGGAUAAAACAGUACAGAGUCACUUCUCUGGGGACCUGAGGCUUGGCUUCCGCACUCUGGUUGGCUCCAUCCCAAGCAUUCCUUUGUUCCUGGCCCAGCGGCUACACAGCAACAUUAAGAAAGGCAGUUUAGUGCAGGGGAUUCUUAUCAGCCACAGUGAAGAGGACCUCCUCUGUGUGAGAAUCGAGUAUCGCAAACUGACCAACAUUUCACUCUACUCUACAUUGCAGAAAGAAUACAAAGGGGAGAUGCAGCAGGCUCUCCUAGCCUUGUGUCGAUCUGAAGACCUGUAAAGGAAGAAUUCCUUUUAACCUACACACAGUAUUGUCACACUGGUAUAAAGGGAUCGGGAGACAGGUGCAGGAAUGCGUAAUAGGGUUUUUUAUUUAUCCAAAUUACAGCGUGCCAUGCACGGCGACGGCGACCAAACAAACACUAUACAAAACACAGGGUUGAGACCCAAACAAAAGAGCGAGGAGUACCUCGAAUAAAUACACAAUCACACAAUGAUUAUCAUACGGGACGAGACCCGUAAUCAUCUGCACAAUAUACGUGGCACGAAAUCCAAAACAACACAGCACAGGUACUCACACGACCAACGGACAUUGGAACAAUAAACGACAGGACAAUGGUGAACAAAGGGCACACUUAUACAAUUACUAAUCAACUGGGAAUAGGGACCAGGUGUGCGUAAUGACAGUUCUGGAGGGAUCUGUGACAAGUACAUAUUAUUUCCGUUGUUGUAACCUAAUAACUGGUAUUAUGUCACUCCAUUAAACAAUUUACCUGUCUUUGAUAUUUCAGCACAUUUUGCCAUAAUUUGACCAAGUCUAUUUCACCCAUAGUGCUAACUAUUAUGAAGGGGUAAUUUGCCUUAAAGUAAACGAAUUUCAAACAUCUCA